GCUCCGGGACCCAUUUCCCUUUCAGCACCAGCACAGCAGUUCAGUGCCUUAGGUGCUGUGUGUGGGAUUGGGAUUCUGCCUUGCUGCAUGGCGACUCCUGGAACAUGCUGAAUCCUUAAGGUCCCUGCCCGAAGUGUCCCCAUGGUGACGUGGUGGCAGCUCUGUGUGUGUAACCUGGGGAUCCUGCUCCUGACGCCAUGUUCUCUCUCUGAGAAGUUCUCCCUGGCUGGUUCCCCAAGCCCUGUGGUGGGGGUAGUUGGCCAGGAUGUGGUGUUACCCUGCCAGCUCUCACCUCCGGCCCGGCUGCCCAGCAUGGAUGUGCUGUGGAGGAAAAUUGGAACAAGAUUUAUCCCUGUUCAUGAGUACUUGGAUGAGGGUUCCCAGAACCUGCCAGGGGAGAGUUACCAGAAUCGGACGGAGCUAUUCCUGCAGGAAUUCAGCACUGGGAAUGUCUCCUUGAAGCUGAAAGCGCUCCAAGAGGCAGAUGCUGGGACUUACCAUUGCUUUGUGAAGAACCCAGAAUGGAGCCAGGAAGCCACCACUGAGCUAGGGAUUGCAGUUAUGGCUCCAGUGUUCAUUGAUGUGCUGGGCCCCCGAGGCCAGGGGAUCGGACUGGCCUGUAGAACCACAGGCUGGUUCCCCAAACCCGAACUCCAGUGGGUUGGAAACUGGCAGAACCUGACAAUGGAGAUUGUGACCAACGUAACUCAGGACAGGGAGAACCUGUAUAGUGUUGUGAGUUACGUCACUGUCACAGAAGGGGAAGACAAUGGAGACAUCACCUGCAUAGUGCAGAAUGGCCUGCUGGAGACCGAGCGGCAAUCAGCCAUUCACCUCUCAGGUGACAUUUUCCCCCGUGUGUCUCCCUGGCUGGCUGCAUUCUGGGUAUUGUUCAUGCUGGUUCUCGUUGCUACUGGAGCGUGUGCAUAUCUUGGAUACACAGCAAAGCAAAAGGCCUCUCAGAAGAAACCCUCUAAAGAGGAGGCUCUGUUUAUCCAUGAGACUGAGAAGAAGACACUGGAUGCAGAAUGCCAGGAGCUGCGUGAGACGCUUGAUGCGCAGAGGAAGGCUCAUGAAUCAGAUUGCGAGGAGCUGCAUAAGAAGCUUGAGACUUCAGAGAAAGAGAAGCAGGCCCUGAAGUCAGAUUGCGAGGAGCUGCGUAAGAAGCUUGAGACUGCAGAGAAAGAGAAGCAGACCCUGAAGUCAGAGACUGAGAAGAAUGAGAAGAGUCUGAAAUCAGAAUGUCAGAAGCUGUGUGAGAAACUUGAGACUGUGGAGAAAGAGAAGCAGGCCCCUAAGUCAGAAUGCCAGGACCUGCCCCAAAAGAAUGAGACAAAUGAAAAGAGUCUGAUAUCAGUGAAGCAAAAGGCAUUUAAGAAGAAACUCUCUAAAAAGGCACCUGUGUUCAUACAUGAGACUGAGAAGACCUUGGAUGCAGCUCCAGAAGGCCAGGAGCUGCAUGAGAAGCUUGAAUGGAGAAAGGUUCGCAAUAAAAUAGAAAACAUCACUCUUGAUGCAGGAACAGCCCAUCCCAACCUCUCCAUUUCUGAUGACAAGAACAGUUUGAAACAUGAAGCCCAGCCUCAAAAUGUUCCACCAAACCCAGAGAGGUUCGAUUCAACUGUCUGUGUGCUGGGAUCUGAAAGAUUCUCCUCUGGAGAGCACUCCUGGGUGGUGGAUGUCGGGAGCAGCACUGACUGGGACUUGGGAGUGGCCAGAAAAUCCAUAGAGAGAAAAGGAAAACUUUCCCUGUCCCCUAAAGAGGGAUUCUGGGCUCUGGGUCUGAGUGGGAAUGAUUACUGGGCAAAAACAGACCCAUGGACCCAGGUAACGGUGCAGAAAAAGCUGGAGAAAAUUGUAGUUUACAUUAGUUACGAAGAAGGGCAGGUGACAUUUUUCAAUGAAACUGGCAGAUCUGUGUUCACAUUUUGCAAUUGUUCAUUCUCAGGUGAUGUUUAUCCGUUCUUUAAAAAUUCCCACAAAGAAACAUCAAUGAAAAUUUGUUCAAUUGAAUAGGAAUAAAUUUAUAAUGGCAGUGAGGUUCAAUUUUGUUGAUCAGUCUAAUUUAAAGCCCCCUGUACAUUAUAGCACUGUUGACCAAACUGAACCAAAGUAACGGAAGAAAAAAAGAGAUGAGCUGUUUCUUUGGGGGAGAAAAAAAAAGAUGAGCUGUUUAC